CCUUCCCCGGAAUGUUUGACUUGACUUUACUCUACACCUUACUUUCUAUUUCUGAUGGUAGUGGAUGAAUUGAUUGAUUGAUUGAUUGAUUGAUUGAUUCAUUGAUUCAUUGAUUCAUUGUUUAUUUGAUUGAAGGGCUUUUUUUAUGGACGAGGUGUAUGAACGCAUCUCCUGAAUUACACUAUUACAUUUUUAUCACCCACAGAAUACCAAACAUAAAACAUAAAACUUCGGAUAAAGAAUUUCGAAGGUGACGCAUCUUUUUACGGAAACGGGAACAUCAGCCUCGACUCUUCCUACAUACCUUAGUGGUGUAACCACGGCUUCUCUCAUCAACAUAGUAUCACAGGACGUAAACCAACAUCAUGAACUGUCCAUCGAGAACAGAUGAGCCAUUGGAAGGCGAUGGAUAUAAUCAAAAUCCCAAUGCCUUGGCAAACGAUCUCACCACUCGAGAAGAUCUGAACGGCCGAGCAAAUGGAAGGGCAUUGAGGAGAAGUUUGGAAGAUGAAGGCCUGGAAUCUAUCAAUGAUCUGGUCGAUGAUACGGGUGAUGGAAAGGUGACGGGAGGUGAGAGUCGUGUGGGAAGGGGGGCUGGGGGUGAAAGGGGCGGUGGAGGCGGUGGACGUGGUGGAGAUGGGAAGAGUGGUCACGUGGUUGGACCUACCGUUGAGGCUCUUGAUAUUAGAGAUCAAUCGAGCACGAGACGGGGAUACGAAAGAAGUUGUAUCAGUAUCUCUAAAGAUCAACUUGUGAAAAUGAAGCAAGUUAUGGUCAAAUUUGCUAAAUUCGUGGGUCCGGGCUUCAUGGUACGUAAUUUGCCACUUUCGUCAACAACAUCAAAAUUGAUGUCAGAAAGUCGAAAAUUAUCUUCACUCGUAUUAACAAAUCUUAUAGGUAGCGGUGGCAUAUAUUGAUCCCGGAAAUUAUGCGACGGAUGUUGCUGCAGGAGCAACGUAUAGGUUUAAGCUGUUGUUUAUUGUUCUGAUGUCCAAUAUCUUUGCAAUCUUUUUGCAAAGUCUUUGUAUCAAACUGGGUACUGUUAGUGGUUUGAAUUUGGCAGAGGCUUGUAGGGCUUUCUUGCCGAAAUGGUUGAAUAUUGGCCUUUAUAUUUUGGCUGAGGGUGCAGUAUGAUAUCCCUCUCCUUUUUUUCGCAUUUUUAUUUGACUAACCAAUGAUAGAUUAUCGCUACAGAUAUUGCUGAGGUGAUUGGUACAGCUAUCGCUAUCAAUCUUUUAAUACCUCAAAUACCUUUAGUUGCUGGCUGUGCUUUGUCUAUCCUUGAUGUUCUUAUUCUUCUCGCAUUUUAUCCUGGAAAUGGUGAAAUGAAGAGAUUGAGAUAUUUUGAGAUGUUCGUCGUUGCAUUGGUAUUAGGUGUUGUUAUUUGCUUUUGCAUUCAAUUAUCACUCAUUAAAGAUACUUCCGUAGGACAAGUUUUCAAGGGAUACUUGCCUUCUAAAGCUAUCGUACAAUCUAAGGGGUAUGUAUUGACUUUUUAAUCUCAUCAUAAUAUCACUAACACAUCCUAGACUCUAUCAAGCAUGUGGUAUUCUAGGAGCAACCGUCAUGCCUCAUAGUCUCUACCUUGGAAGUGGUAUCGUACAACCUAGACUUCUAGACUACGAUAAGAAGAACAAUUUUGUCAAAAAAGAUUUCGAUCUAGGUACCAAGGAACCAUAUUACCCAUCCCUUCCAGCCAUCAAAUUCUGCCUCAAAUACUCCUACGCCGAAUUAGCUAUAUGUCUCUUCACAUUUGCUCUCUUCGUCAAUUCUGCAAUUCUAAUUGUAGCUGGAGCAGCUUUGUAUAAUAACCCUGCUGCACCAGAUGCUGAUCUUUUCGGUAUUUACGAUUUACUUGUUUCGAGUAUUUCGAAAGGUGCUGGAACUAUUUUUGCUCUAGCUUUGUUAUUAUCAGGCAUGAGCGCUGGUAUUGUUUGUACUAUCGCCGGACAAAUGGUUUCAGAAGGCGCAUUAAACUGGACUAUCAGACCUUGGUUACGACGUCUCUUAACCAGAAGUCUAAGUAUCACACCUAGUAUCAUUAUUGCUGGUGCUGUUGGUCGUGAGGGUUUAUCAGCUGCUUUAAAUGCAAGUCAAGUAGCUCUCAGCAUUGUUCUUCCAUUUGUUACAGCACCUUUGAUCUAUUUCACAUGUCGCAAUAAAUUCAUGACAGUAAGAUGUCAAAACAGAAAUAACUUUGCCGAAGAUGAUGAGAAUACGAGGGGAAAUGUAGAUGGACCGGUGGAAAUUGAAAGUGUUUAUGAAAAUGAUGGAGCUGGUAUGGGUGGAGAGACGGGCGAGGGAACUAAAAUGAGAAAUCAUUGGAUUACGGCUGCGGUGGCUGCGGUUAUUUGGACGGUUAUGGCUGCGAUGAAUGUGGCUAAUUUGGUUUUGCUUGGGAAGGGUGAUGGUGCAUAGGUUUGGGUGUGGUGCUUUGGGGAGGGAAAAUGGGAGUGAUGGGUUUGGGGGUUGGGGGUUGGAUGUGGUUUUUGGGGAUGAGGGAGGAGGUGGAAGGGAGGAAGGGGCAGAGAGAGAAGGUUGUUGUGUAAAUGGCAAGUGUUGAGUUGUGCUCAGGAGUCAAGUAUGAUUUGAUGAUUUUCAACGGGAAAUGGGAAAAUAAGGUGUGUAGAUGACAAGUGUUGAGUUGUGCUCAAGAUUCAAGUAUGAUUUCAUGAUUUUCAACGGGAAAUGGGAAAAUAAAGUGAUGAGUGAUGACAAUGAAGAAGAUUAGCAAAGUGUACAGUAGAGUCCUGAAACCUGAUGGUCGUGUCAUUAGCUCAAAUAAUGACAUAGCAGAC